GCGCCGAGGGGUUGCUAAGGGUGAAAGUUUGCCGUGAGUUGGCUCACUCGGGGCCAGGGCGCGGGCGGCUCCGGGGACAGCGCACCGCCAGCACUACCGCAGCACCGGGCCCGCCCCGCGCCGCCGGGGACAAGGCAGGGAGGAGACGGACGGGACGGGGCAGAGCAGAGACCCGACGGCAGCGCCCACGGCCCCCGCGACAGCCGCCAGCAGUCGCCGGCCCUGGAGCCGAGGACGAAUGCAGUAGAAAGAGAUUGAGGGGAUCCUGCUGGAGCACAUCUUACCCUGUCAACAACCUGAAGAGCCACUGACUUUUAGUGCCUUCAGCAGGUCUAUUUGGAGCCAAAUCUCGUCUAUGUUCCUGUCACUUUGUCACUUUUAAUACACUGCCCUGACUUGCUUGCUGCGAAGAGAGUAUGCAUCUAGAGAUCAAAGUUGCUCUUAACUUCAUCAUCUCAUACCUGUACAACAAGCUUCCUCGGAGGCGGGCAGACCUGUUUGGUGAGGAGCUAGAACGCCUGCUGAAGAAGAAAUAUGAGGGCCACUGGUACCCAGAGAAGCCUCUGAAAGGAUCUGGCUAUCGCUGUGUUCAUAUAGGGGAGACGGUGGAUCCGGUGGUGGAGCUGGCGGCCAAGCGGAGUGGGCUGGCUGUGGAGGAUGUACGUGCCAACGUGCCAGAAGAGCUGAGUGUCUGGAUUGAUCCUUUUGAGGUUUCCUACCAGAUCGGCGAGAAGGGCACUGUUAAGGUCCUCUACCUGGAUGACAGUGAGGGCUGCAGCACCGCAGAGCUGGACAAAGAAAUCAAGAGCAGCUUCAACCCCGAUGCCCAGGUAUUUGUUCCCAUCGGCAGCCAGGACAACUCGCUGUCAAACUCUCCAUCCCCCUCCUUUGGCCAGUCACCCAGCCCCACCUUCAUCCCUCGCUCUGCGCAGCCCAUCACUUUCACCACUGCCACCUUUGCUGCCACCAAGUUCGGCUCUACCAAGAUGAAGAAAGGUGGAGGAGCCGGAGGAGGGGGCGGCGGAGCAGGGGCUGUGCAGCAGCCAAGAAUGGUCAGGUCUCCCACCACCAACCUGCUGAAGCACAAGGGCCUCUCCCUGUCUAUGCACUCUCUGAACUUCGUCGGGAGCGCUGGGAGCCAAGCCCCGCAGUCACAGCUUUCCCCCAAUGCCAAGGAGUUCGUUUACAACGGCGGGUCACCGGGAGCCAGCAGCCUCUUCUUCGAUGGUGUUGCCAGUGAGAGCCAGGCCAGCAGCAUCCCGCCAGCAUCGCAGUUCAACACCAGCACAGGUGGUACCUUUGAUAUGGCUCAGGUCUUCGGCGGCAGCACCAAUAGCCUCUUUUUGGAGAAGUCUCCCUUUGUGGAAGGACUCAGCUACAACCUGAAUGCCAUGCAGUAUCCCAGCCAGUCGUUCCAGCCCGUCGUCCUGGCCAACUGAACACAAAGGAAGGAGAGUAUUUUGGGGCAGGGAGGGAGGGGGGAAACAAGAACAAAGCAAACAAAAAAGAGGGAGAGAAAAGAAAAAUAGAAAUAUACAGAAAAUAUUAAAAUCUUAUAAAUAUAGGUUCUUGGGAAAAGAGAGAGCUCAGUGUUGUUGCGCUGUGCUGGCAACGCUCCUGAAGCACUGAAUUGUUUUUUAACUCAGUCCCUGUGCUUUUUUCCUACUCACUUUUUUAUUCCUUAAAAUGAGUCUUGGGAUUUUUUUGGCUUGUGUUCCCCCUUCCCCUACCCCAGCCCAGGAUCUGGUGCAACUGUAGGCCACAGUGCUUCUGAUUCCCCGCACCACCCCCUGCCCCGCGCUGGACACAGGGUCCUUCCACCUGGGUGUGGGGAUGUCCAUACCAUGGUACUGGAAGGAGGGACGGGGAGAGGAUGAGUCAGUGUUGGUGGAGACGCGCACUCUUGUUGCGUGCCAGCCAGAAUGGGUGGGUGAGCUUGCUUCUUCUGUUACGGCUCUGCAUGUAGACGGAGAGCAUCUACUCGCUGUGCCCACAGGCACAGACCGUUGUGCUGUUGUGGCUCCAGCCUGAGCUGGCGUCAGCUGUUCUGUCUGUGUGCUGAAAAGCACUAACUCUUCUCCUUGACCGUCUCCCAGCACAUCGCAGGCAGAGCAGAGUAUUACUGUUAAAUGGCUUCUUCCUGCUCCCUUCGUCAUCUGUGCUUCCAGCUGCAGCUACAGGGGUACAGUGCUUUGAGCUGAGUGGCUCUGCUUAUUGUCCCCUUCUGCACCCUGAGCAAGGGGGCUUUUCUGUGCUCUCUCAGGGCUGCCUGGUCAGUCUGGGUGACAACCCUGUGGUGUGGAAACACCACCCACCUGUCCCUGUGGCUUGGGGGAGGUGGCACUGAACCAGCCAGAUCACACUUGGAUCCUGCCCCCACUGCCCAGAUGUUCUCCCCAGCAGCAGGGGCCAGCAUCCACCUGGAGUGGCCUCUGAGGUUAGAGUUCUCAUUCUCUGCUGUGAAUUCAUCUUCUUGGCUCUGAGAGGGAAUUCCUUCAUUUUUGGUUAGUGAGGCAGCACAACUUCUGAGGAAGAGAAAGGGUGAUGUUGUUGAAGCUGCUGUCUUGAGUGGUAGCAUAAAGGGUUUGUACUUUCAGCCAGGCAGGCACCAGACUAAAUCCCUUCACCUGCCCUUCUAGAGGAGCAUGAGGAGGUGGCUGAUCUGGUGAGAAAAGGAAGCACCUAGCAUAAAUUUCUCAUUCCAGCUAGAUCACAUAGCAUGGACAGCCACAGGCUUAGAGCAGAGCUGGGACGGGCGCUCCCAAGGUGAGCAGCCUUCCCAGCAUGUGAAUGUACAGUGCCUCCUCACAGCAGGGCUGAGAUCUGGGAAUGCCCCUGCAGCUUUCCCCAGGAUGAUGUGCUGCAGUCAGGCAGUAGUGGCUUUUCAGAUUGGUCGCUUCUGUGUCAAGGACUCCAAAAGCCACCUUCACAGGAAGCCAAAGGAGGGCUGCUUCAUGCCCAGGAAGGGUGGAGGCUCUAGAUGGGAAGGGUGGUCUCCUUGGAGCCUGUUAUGUGAGUGUGGAAGUGUGCAGAGGAGAGAGAUGGAGAAGAUGAAACUCCAGUCUUUGAAGUUCUCAGUUUAAAAGAAAAAUAAGCUUUUUGCUGCCUCCCAGACUUGGGGUUUGGUUUCCUUUUAAUGAUGUUUCGGAGCACAUUCUGAAACCCACUCCUCUUGCACUUGUGGAACCAAUGUGCUCUUUCAUGAAAUCCCUGUUUCAGGUGAGAUGAGCUUGACCUCAUGCUUUUCCCGCUCUCUUCCCUUGAGCUGAGAUGGAGGCACUCCAGCCUUUUUGUAGUUGUGUUGACAAUGAGCCUUUGCAGAAGGUAACGGGCUGUCCCAGCGAGACUGCCACUGCCCAGAGCUCUUCAAGGAGAUUUUCCAGCGCACCCUUCCCUUCAAUGGGUGAUGGGGCGCACGGUCCUGACCUUGUGCCCAGCAUGGAUUCCCAAACAAGCUGCUUGCCAUUGAGCUGUGACCAACACAGCAGGUGGGCAAGGAGAGCGAAGACCAACCAGCUUCCCCAGAGCCAGUGCCCGCAGCCUCAACCCUGCAGGUUUCCAGACGAGGACAAGGUGCUGAGGAAUGGCCCAGCUGUUGGGUUUCCGUUUUCUUUUUUGAACCCUUCACUUACAGAUGUUACCACUGCCACCCAGUCCUUCUCCCUGGCACAGUACUGCUGGGUGCACCCUGCUCGCUGCACUGGACUCUGAGGGGUGCUCAGCCCCUGAUGGCAGGACCUGGUCCAGUUGCCCCCCACUGUCCCCACAUCUGGCAAAGCCUCCUGUGAGCUGCUGCCGUGGUACAGCAUGCUGUCCUCCAGCACAAGGAGGGAGAAAAGAGGUGGGGACACUCCCUGGCCACCUGCUUAUGUGUGUGAAGCUUUGAUGCCGCUUUGCCCUGCCACACGUAUAAUACCUGCUUUAAAAAUAGUGGUGUGAGUGGAAGGAGGAAAAGAGGAGGGACCAACCUCUUUGUAUCUUAAAAGGAAAAAAGCGUGCUUCAGAAAUGUUCCUCCAGCGUCAGGCAGCAAUGGAAACUAACGGCCUUUUCAGGUCUUUUCUAGUCUUGGAUGUAGGCGUUAAGCUUCAAUUUUAUUUUUUAAAAACCUGCACUAAUUUACCUGGUUUCUUAGGGAGAGAAGAGAGAAGAUUUUUUUUUUAACUUUUAUUUUUUAUGGGUUUGUGUUCUUUUUGUUGAUGUCCGUUUGUAUUGAAUAAUUUGCUACAUUUGUAAAAUGUAAGAGGUAUAUAUAAUAUAUGUAUAUUUCUAACGUAAAAAAACUGUAAUUUUUUUCUUUUCAAGAUUUUUUCUUAAAAAGAGGAGAGAAAAAAAUAUUUUUUCAGGAAAAAAACUUUAAAAAAAAAAAGAAGUGGUGAAGAGUCCUUUCUCCCCACUCAGCCUCCCUCCUUUUCCUCCCACCCCUCUCCAAGGAGUGAAUCGUCAGUUGCCUUGUGGGAGAGGAGUGAAAGAGGACAGAAGUCUGUAUGUCUCCAAGUGGAGGGUUUCUGUGUGUGCUCUGCUUGGGUUUCUUUUGGAGAAGGGGGCUACUGAGAGGGGGAGCCAUGGGGUUGCUGUCUUUCUUUUUUUUUCUUCUUUUUUUUUUUUUCUUUAGCGAAGGAGGAAUACAAUCAGAGUUUUGUAUUCAGAAUGUUGUGCAAUAUUUUGGAACGGGACAUUGGUGUGUCUAGAGAUUUAGUUAAAAACAAACAAAAAAAACCCACAAAAAGGUUGAUCAAAUCUGUACAGUUUCUAUUGUUCCAGAUUUUUUUAAGUUUGUAUUAAAAGCAUGAUAUAAUAA